AUGUUCUCCAUAGGAAUACCUCUCUUCUUCGCACUCCUCCAAGUCGCAUACGCCGCACCGGCAAUCUCACCCCCGGACACCGGCACACACCAUCUCCAAAAGCGCCUUGAAAGCGGCGCCGUAGUUGCGCUCGGCAUCUGCAUCCCUUGCGUGGCUAUCGUUCUCGGCCUUGGUAUCGGCAUUAUGUGGUUCUACCCGGCGCAGAGGCGCAAACUGCGUGAGCAGAACGCCAGGCGCGAAGCCGCUUUGGCGAAUGUGACGAGUGGAAGGCAUGGACAGAGACAAGGGAGUGAGCAUGCGACAUUGCCGGCUUACAAGGAACAUGAGGGAAGCGACCACGAGUUGGAAGAUGUCGCACAUAGUAAUACCCCGGCUGCACUGACUGCACCAAUUGUGUCGGCCGCGACUGCUCAGCCUAGCCGGAGUUACGAAGCGCAGCCACCGCCGGAUGCGAGACACGCUGCGCUUACAGUGUAG